AUGCCUUCGCUUUGGUACUGCUGCCAUUGCUCCUUCGGCCCUCACAACGCGGCCCUUUACGUCUCCUGCAUCAGCUGUAACAGACAACGCUGCGGAGGCUGCAAAGAAGAAAAGGUCGAGGACUCUCUCCACGCCCACUCUAGCUCCCAUAGCUGCCACGAGACUUCGCCUUACCCAACGGCCGUCAGCUUGAACAUCCCUCACAUGCCUUCUCUCGACACACGGCCAAUGUUGCCCGCUGGUAUCGAUUUACCUCAGAUUCGAUCAUUGCGGCCGGGCCUUGCUGCACCUCCGCCAUAUUUCGCACUCGGCGGAUUGCAAGCAACAACAUACUCCCAAACCUACAUGUACAUCUGCUGCAACUGCAAUGAUGGACCAAAAGUCUACAACGUCCAACCACGAUGCACCGAAUGCCAACAUGUGGCCUGCAGCAACUGUGUUUCUGUCAAGUGA